UUAUGUGUUGGAAGAUUCAUGAAGUUUUGGCACAAUGGGGAUAAUUCCCGAAAAAAAGUGUUUCAAAGAACCUUCUCAACUCAUUAAAUUUAUUGUAUUAUUCGUUUGUUGUAUUUUCACUUGUACUCAGGUUGCACAGUGCUUAGAAAAAUACCUUUACCCACCUGCAUCGACACAUGCAGAGUUCAUCUUAAACGAUAGUAUACGAUAUCCGUGCCUAACAAUAUGUCGACGUCCAUCGUUCAAGAUUCACUUAUUUCAACCAUUUGGUGUACUAACUUCAUCAAUAGAAUCUCCUAACGCCUUUCGUAAUUUCGAUUUUUUUAAAUUUAAUUUGACCAAUUUCUUCGAUGCCACAACGUAUAAUUUUCAUGACAUUUUUGGUCAAAUCGCUUACGGUUCUCAGGGCUACUCUUCAAAAUAUCCCAAAUUAAGUUUAAAAAUCACACCUUCAUUUCAUAUAAAGAGAGGAAGAUGUUUCACUUUUCAACCAUUAAGACCAACCGACAUUUUUUCCAUAUCUGGUGGUUACGUAUUUUAUAUGUUUCACGACAAUAGAAAUCAACGGCUGAAUGAUUACGGUGUUUCCACGCAUGGUUUUCAAAUCUAUUUACAUCAACCGAACGAAGCUGUAACAUGUAAGUUUAACAAUAUCAUCUUAGGAACAGGCAGAAUUGCGAUAUGUGUUACCGAGACGAUUUGGACGACAGGUUUUACUGCGUUGCCAAAAAAAGUAUUAUUCUGCAACUUCAGAAAAACCAAAAAAAUGCAAAAGAAAAAAAAUGCAUCGAGUAUUGGUGAAAAUACAUCAGUACCAUCGACAUCAACCCUACCAACUAAUCCCACUGUCAACAAUGACGCAUAUACACCAAGUGCUUCAAGUCAACAAACUUAUUCUACUGUUACGGAUUCAGAUAUAGCAUCAAACUCAAGUCUAGGUAGUACUGUACCUGAACCUGUUGUAAUACCGAAGCCAGCAGUUGAAUUAGUAUCAAAUGAACCAGUAUUAUCUUUUUCUGAAGAAUCUCCUGUAGUAUUUGAAUGUAUCGUUGAUUCUACUCCUCAUAACAUUUCAUUUGAAAGUGAUGUGAAUACUGACGAAAACCACGCAUGUAUAUAUUGUGGUCAAAAAACUAAAAGACACAAAUUAAAAAGAUUACCACUGCAUGCGUGCGAUAAAAACAGUUUUUUAAAUAAAUUGAAUAUCAGCUUGCUUUCAUGCAAUUUGGAAGCCCAGAGUCGUUUACCGGAGCACACAUACAACAGGAUAUUUUUAACAGAGUAAAAAAAUUUAUCUGCGAAAUUUAUGUUUCUGGAUCACUUGAUGUUGAUGCUGCCCGACUUCAGCUGUUUUUAAAUAAUUAUACUGUUUCUGAUGUAAACGAAGAAUUUAAACCAAAAAGUUUAAAAAAUUUUGAUGCUAGCAAUUUACCACCAUGCAAAACUGAAUUAUUUCAACAAUAUCUCCGAGCUAAUAACAUUGCUAGCAAAUGAAAAACAACCAACCAUCUUUACUCCUGAAAAUAAUGGCUGGACGUUAGAAGAAAACCAGUAUCACUUUCAUUGGUUUGAUGGUGACCAAUUACCAGGAGAAGUCAGUGAAGCACUUCGAGAUCCAGAAGAAGCUGACAGCAACGAC